GGGGGGGGGGGGAUCUGGGGAUGGUUCUCAACCGGAUCUUUCGCAGAUGUUGUGAUGGAUGGAUCUUUCGAAGGUUCGGUCAUUUAUUGAAGUGGCAUUGGAAUGACCGUCUGAAGAUUUGAUCUUGCGCGACCUUUAUUCAGCCAACAAACACAGGGGAAUAAAACCACUCUCCCAACCCACAACCAUCCACCAAAAGAUACCCACAACUCCUGUUGCCUUCCAACAACAUCAGAUAACCAAUCAAACUAACAAACAACAAUGGACUGCUCUUUGGAAGACCAUGGUAUUCAAACAGUGGUUCACUCCAAGAGUGGGAGUAUGUGUCAAAUCCACGAAUUCGGUGCCACCAUUUUGUGUUAUCAUCCCAACCCCGACAAGUACAGCGAAGUCCUCUUUGUGAGUCGCGAUGCCGUCUUGAACGGAACCAAAGCCAUUCGAGGAGGAAUUCCCUUGGUCUUUCCCAUUUUUGGUCCUCCUGCCGAUAAAGAAAAUGAUGAUAUGCCCCAACACGGAUUUGCCCGCCGCAAUUUUUGGAAAAUGGACAAGUCGAGUCUCUCGGAUACAGAGACGGAAGCCGCCAUGGACUUUACUUUGACGGUGGCGGCGGACAAUGACAAAAUUGACGGUCGAGGGACCAAGGGUUUGUGGGCACCCUCGGCCACCACGUCUCCGGCGUGUGAAUUGCGGUAUCGCAUUGUGGUAAAGGAUGAAUCUUUGACGACCACCUUGACCAUGACCAAUACCGGUACCAUUGCCUUUCCCGUGCAGGCACUCUUUCAUACGUACUAUGAAGUCCACGGCAAGGCUGCCUUGGAUACUAGCAAAUGCUCCGUCACCGGGUUGCAAGGAUACGAUAUGGUCGAUAAGGUCGAUCCCGAUAAUUCCAAGUCUCCCGAUUCCACGGAAGCCAUUACCAUUCUCAAAGAAACCGAUCGGGUCUAUUCCCCACCCGAUGGGAAAAAUGAAGUCAAUGUGACACUCCAACUCGAUCGACCCACCCACACGCCCAUUAUGUGCACGGCAAAAGGAUCUGUCGAUGGCACGGUCGUGCCCGUCUCGUGUGUCGUUUGGAAUCCACACGAAGAAAAGGCAAAGGCCAUGUCCGAUUUUGGAGACGAUCAACAUCACGAAAUGAUCUGUGUCGAACCGGGAAUUCUCGGAAAACCCAUUUUGGAACCUGGAAAACAAGCCGUGUUGGAACAAGUCAUUGCCGUGUCGACGACAUCCUAACCAAGUACUAAACCAGCAAGCAGAUCGGACAAAACCAAAUAUGGCAACAAUCUAUACGUUUCAUUCCGUACGCAAUUUUAAAAUGUAAAAAGUACAAAAUGCGUUGGCU